AUGAAGGCUAAAUUGUUGCAUCUUGGAUGCGUUGAACUUCAACGUGUAUUCCGAAGUUUGCCUGGUCACGAUAAAGUACCUUUGGUCGCUGUAGACCCGCGAGUGUACGACUUGGCGGUCGAACUACUUGAUGGCUAUUUUCAAGCAGGCCGUCAAUACGUGAUUGAAAGAAGGAAACUACGGCAGAUGAAACGAAGGGAAGGAUUUGAGAAACAUUCCGGUGAAGUCAGCGAGAUAUUGAAGGAAAUAUAUUUGAUAGAUGUGGUGGUAGAGAACUGUAGGUCGGAUGAGCUAAGGAGAAGUAUACUGAAGAAGGACCGCUCGUUGAGUGAGAUAGAGGAGAUAGCCGCGAGUAUCGAAGACACGGAGAUACAAAUGUUGAAUUUGAAGGGACCAGCUGUUGUGCAGGAACGAGCUGCUUAUGAGAUUGGAAAUGUGCAAAGUGGGAAGAGAUCGUUUCAACACACGGUUUACAGAAGAGGAGAUGCUAGGAACAACCCACUGAAAAGGCAAUCCGCUGUUGACAAUUUCGCUAAUCAGAACAAUCAGUCAUGUUUCGCAUGCGGUGAGCAAGGCCAUUUUGCUAAGUCUACCAAUUGUCCCGCGCGAGGUCGUCCAUGUCGCCGAUGUAAACAGCUGGGUCAUUAUGAGAAAAUGUGUCGCAAGCGGAAGAAUGACAUGAAAGUGAUGACCAAGUCGAAAAGGAUCUACAAUGUCGAAAAUGUACCAACGGAGGAGGUGGGCUCUCGUUCCGCAUCAGCGGAGAAGGAUACCCAAGAGGAAAAAGUUUAUUACACGUUCUAUGGAGGAAAUCAGACAAAUGUAGUACCAGGGAGAAUUGGAGGCAUACCCGUUCAACUGUUGAUCGACUCCGGUGCUGAUGCGAAUUUGAUCAAACCGGAAACAUGGGAAAUGCUCAAGAGUCGGAAAGUUCACGUGAGGAGUUCUUUUAGAGGAUCCUCCAAAGUCUUGAAAGGAUAUGGUAGUGACAAGCCGCUCACGAUUGUUGGUUCAUUUGUAGCGGAGAUAGUUGUGGGAAUGAAGAAGACAGAAGCGGAGUUUUUCGUUGUCAAGGGUGGUCAGCGAGACAUCUUGGGUGAUAGUACAGCAAAACAGCUUGGCGUUCUGAAGGUGGGUCUACAUGUGAACGAAGUAAGUACCCAGAAAAAGUCAUUCAGCAAGAUUAAAGGCGUACAUGCUGAGAUCCACAUGAAAGACCAUGUUAAGCCAGUCUUUCAACCAUUACGCCGUGUUCCGAUUCCUAUUGAGGAGGCGGUUAACAGAAAAUUAGACGAACUCCUUGAUCGAGACAUUAUUGAAGUGAAACAGCGACCAACCACAUGGGUUUCGCCUCUUGUAGUGAUAGGCAAAGCAUCUGGGGAGCCACGAAUUUGUUUGGAUCUUAGACGAGUGAACGAGGCGAUCGUGCGUGAACGUUUCCCCAUGCCUGUUGUGGAGGAGUACUUGGCUCGAUUGUGUCACGGAAAGGUGUGGAGCAAAUUGGACAUAAAAGAGGCGUUCCACCAAGUUGAACUGGCUGAGGAGUCGAGAGAUGUUACAACAUUUAUAACAAACCGGGGUCUGUUUUGGUUUAAGAGGUUGCCGUUCGGGUUGGUGACCGCUCCCGAGAUUUUUCAGCGUAUUAUGGAGGAGAUACUGGCGGGGUGUCAGGGUACUUACUGGUAUCUUGAUGAUAUCAUUGUCAAAGGAGAAACUCAAGAGAUACAUGAUGCGAACCUGGAAAAGGUAAUCUAA